CGCGUAGCCUUCCCGGCUCGCAGAGCCAGAGCCUGUGCGCGGAGCCGGAGCCGGGGCGCCAAGGCCGCUGGAGGGGCGAGGCCAGGCGGGGGGCGCCGGCCUCGCGUAGAUCUCGGGCGGCGGGUGCGCCUCCGGCCGGAGCGCGGCGGCUCGGGCAGUGACUGCGAGCGUGGCGCCGCCGGCGGCGCACGGAGGAUGCAGGCCAUGGACCCUGCUGCGGCGGAUUUUUACGAGGAGGACGGCAAAGACUUAGACUUCUACGACUUCGAGCCGCUCCCCACUCUGCCGGAGGACGAGGAGAACGUGUCCCUGGCCGACAUCCUCUCCCUGCGGGACAGCGGUCUCAGCGAGCGGGAGGCCUGGGCCGUGUGCCUGGAGUGCAGCCUGUCCAUGAGGAGCGUCGCGCACUCGGCCAUCUUCCAGACCCUGUGCAUCACGCCCGACACCCUGGCCUUCAACACCAGCGGGAAUGUGUGCUUCAUGGAGCAGCUCAGCGACGACCCCGAGGGAGCCUUUGUCCCCCCGGAGUUCGAUGUGACUGGGAACACCUUUGAGGCCCACAUCUACUCUCUGGGGGCCACGCUGAAGGCAGCCCUCGACUAUGUGACGGAGCCCGAGCCCCAGCCCAGGCUGAGCCGGGAGCUGGAAGCGCUGCUGGGCCAGAUGCAGGCCGAGGACCCCCGGGACCGGCCCGACCUGCAGAGCAUCAUCGCACUGUGCGAGGAGAAGAUGCAGCUCACGUCCUCCUGCCACCUGUGCCAGAGCCUCUCGGCUGCCGGGAGGAGGGUGCUCUCCAUCGAGUCCUUCGGGGCGUUUCAAGAUGUCAGUGAGAUCACCUGGAGGGAGAGACUGGCUCCAAAAAGUGUGGGGCCCAAGAGGCAGCCAGGGGACCGCUCCGCGGACCCAGCGGCCCUGCCUGCCCUGGAGGGCCAGCCCCCGAGCCCCGCCAGAGAAAGCCUGGAGCACCCGGGGACCCCGCCCUCCAAGGCUCUGCUGUCAGCCCCUGUGAAAAACGGAGAAAGCCCAGGCCAGGAGGGGCUGGUCCCCGAGAGGCUGGCCUGCCUCCUCCUGGACGCCCAGCGGCCCCUGGGGGACCCGGACAGAGGCUUCCUGGAGAGGAGCCGCCUGAGGAAGGUGCAGACGCUGCCCCGGCUCCCGCCCUGCAGCCCCGAGGCCGGCGCCCUCUGCCUGUCGCUGACCAGCACGAAAACCCAGCCACCGGCACCAGAAUUCUUCCCUCCAGACCCCAGGAAGCCCUUUCCGGAGGGGAAAAAUGGCCUUACUAGCUCCCAGGCACAGCCCGAAUCCAGUCUGUGGCCGGAGCGAGACGCCGAGCUCCGGCGCGUUGGGGACAGGGCGGCGCGUGGCCGGGGCCCCACGGAGGAAAGCCCCCUGCCCGGUUCCAAGGGCCCUCGCGAUGCGGGCAGAGACCCAGGGACUCCCGAGCCUGAUGACGGGACUGCGGACAGAGCCGGGGAGCCGGGCGGAGCAGCCCUGGAGCAGGGCGUCUCCUUGCAGGACCUCCUGUCUAAGCUGGGCCGGCCCUUCAAGGAGUACGAGCUCUGGGCUCUGUCCCACGCAUGCCUCAGCACCCUGCGGACGCACGGCCAGCACCCAGCCUACCUGUGUCUGGACUCCGUGCUGGUGGCCGAGGAUGGAACCGUGCUUUUCGGGCCACCUCCCGCCAGCGUGGGUUUGGGGUUUUCUGUCUCAGGUGCUUACAACUCGUUCUUUCUGGCUCCCGAGGUCGCAGAGCAAAAGCUGACGACUGAGAAGGCGUCUGUGUACUGCGUGGCCGCGAUCCUGUGGACAGCAGCCAAGUUCAGCAUCCCCCGAGACCACAAACUGGCCCUGCCACGCAGGCUCAAGACGCUCCUCCUGCACAUGGCCAGACGCAGCGCCCAGGAGCGGCCGUCCGCGGCCGAGGCCAUCGAGACCUGCAGCGGUUACCUCUUGCACAGAGGCAUGGACAGCAGAAAGAUCCUAGCCCACCUGAGGGCAUCGACCUGCACGGUUCGCCAGGAGGAAGAGACCAUCGGUCUGCAAAACGCCUUCUUGGUGGCUGAACUGAGCCCCAGCACAGCAGCUGCGCCCAGGCCCGGCUCAGCCGGAGCAGGCGACUCGCCUCCACCCCCGCACCCCACACUGAUAACCCAGCUCUUGUCUUGCCCUGUCUGCGCCUCAGUGGCACCUACGAAGACCCUUCCCCACGGGCCCGUCCAAGCCUCCGGCUUCCUGCAGAUCAGCAGUGACAGCAGGCUGGUGGCCGUGCAGGGGCCGGUGCCCGGCCAACCCUCCUGCCUCCAAAGGGCCACGUUGCUGCCAGAGGCGUUCUCCUCCCCAGCCACUCACUUCAGGCCCAUCGUCCUCGCUGCCAAUGCUGGUGUCGCCAGGGACAUGCUCGCCCUGACCUCAGGGCCGGCUGAGGGGCCUGAGGAGAGGAGAGGCCGGCUGGACGGGGAGGGUGAUGGGAAGCAGGCUCCUGAGACCCAUGGAGCGGCCACUGCCCUGAAGACGCCUGACCAGCCAGCACCCGGUUCCCCAGAGCCCCUCAGAGAGUCGGUGCCAAGAGGCUCAGCCCAGGGCUGCCCCAGCUCCCCAGCCCCCGCCCCGGCCAGCCCGCUGGAAGGGGCUGCACUGGUGAUGCCCAAAUCCCCGGCCCCGCCCACAACAACACAGAUGCCACCCCCGGAGCGAGGGCCGAAGGAACCCAUCCCAACUGCAGCUGCUUGUGGAGGACUCGAGCCCCGCCUCCCCGGGCCCACCGCAGCCCCCCACAGUCCUUGCCACCCAGCCAAGCCGCCCAGGGGCGGGGCCACCCAGGUCCCAGGCCAGGAGCCCGAGGGCCCCCCGUCAGCCCCGCGGAGCCCCUCGCCGGCCACAGGGAGUCCCGACGGCCCCGGGGGAGCCCCCGUCAGGGAGUGGGAUGACCGGGCCCCAGAAGGUCACCUGGAGUGGCCCUGCCCAGCAGACCACAAGCUCUGUCCGUCCAGCGCGGAUGCCUCGCCCCUCUCACAGGGGACAGCCUGCCCGUCGCUGCAGGAGGCCACACGCCUCAUCCAGGAAGAGUUUGCCUUUGACGGCUACCUGGACCACGGGCUGGAGGCUCUGAUCAUGGGGGAGUAUAUUUACGCCUUGAAAGACCUCACCUAUGCCACUUUCUGUGGGGCCAUAUCGGAGAAGUUCUGUGACCUCUACUGGGGGGAGAGGUUGCUGCAGAACCUUUUCAGAGUGGUGAACGGGAGGACGUCACCCUCCGAGAACACUUCCGAGGAGGCUGGGCCACAGCCCAAGGGCAGCGGUGGGACCAGCGCUCCGAGCACAUGCUCACCGUCCAGCAAAAGGCCUUCACAUCUCGGAGCGGCAAAGGAGAAGCCGAGCGUGGACUCAGACGAGCUCUCGCGGAGCAAUUUUGAGGUGGGGUUUCGGCCUCAGAAGUCGGUAGCAGCUGGGAGGGAGCAGCCCCAGGCAGAAGAGGCCCGGCAGCAGGGCGGGGGCCUGGCUGGGGGCUCUGAGGCAGUGGCACGGCUAGCCCGGCCCCCGGAGGGCGGCCCAUCCGUGAGCCCAGGCCCAGGCGGCUUGCAGAGCUGCAGCCCCGGCUGGUGCAGCGCCUUCUACGAGGCCGACUGCUUCAGCGCCGACGUGCACUGCUACGUGAAGGAGCUGGCGAGGCAGAAGGCCGCCGGGUGCCCCACCGCCAAUGCCCAGACCCCGGCGUGUCUCCUGGAACCUGAGUGCAUGCAGGAGCUGGAGCAGCAGCUCAUGAUAGAGAAGAGAAACUUCCGGAAAACCCUCAAGUUCUACCAGAAGCUCUUACAGAAGGAGAAGCGGAACAAAGGCUCGGAGGUGAAGACCAUGUUGUCCAAACUGAAGGGGCAGCUGGAAGAGAUGAGGUCCAAGGUGCAGUUCCUCGGGCUGGUCAAGAAGUACCUACAGGUCAUGUACGCGGAGCGGUGGGGCCUGGAGCCCUGCGCCCUGCCUGUGAUCGUGAACAUCGCGGCCGCCCCCUGCGACACACUGGACUUCAGCCCCCUGGACGAGUCUUCUUCCCUCAUCUUCUACAACGCCAGCAAGCGCCCGCGUGGCGGCCGGCAGAGGAAGGCCCGCGUCCUGCAGGCUGGCACGCCGCUGGGGCUCAUGGCCUACCUCUAUUCCAGCGACGCCUUCCUGGAGGGCUACGUGCAGCAGUUCCUGUACACCUUCCGGUACUUCUGCAGCCCCCACGACUUCCUGCACUUCCUGCUGGACCGCAUCAGCAGCACCUUGUCCAGGGCCCACCAGGACCCCGCCUCCACCUCCUCGAAGAUCUACAGGCGCAGCCUCUGCCUCCUGCAGGCCUGGCUGGAGGACUGCCACGCCGUGGACUUCAGGAGGGACGCCGGGCUCCUGGGGAGGCUCCAGGACUACCUCGCCUCCCAGAUCCUGCCCUUGGACGGCUCCGCAGAGCCCCUGUUGAGCCUCCUGGAGGUGGGCACUGAGCGGCGGGCUGAGGGCGCCCCACGCAGCACAGACCUGCAGGACCCCAAGGAGGCGGAGGACACCACCAGGCCCCUCAACGCCCUGUGGAAGAGGCUCUCAGAGGACGGCAUCUCCCGGAAGAGCUUCCCCUGGCGGCUGUCCCGGGGCAACGGGCUGGCGCUGCCCCACCACAAGGAGCGCCAGUACAGCAUCGCAUCCGCCCUGCCCAAGCCCUGCUUCUUCGAGGACUUCUAUGGCCCCUAUGCCAGGGCCAGCGAGAAGGGGCCCUACUUCCUGACCGAGUACAGCACCCACCAGCUCUUCAGCCAGCUGACGCUGUUGCAGCAGAGUCAGCUCCUCUGGGUCUCUGUCGGCCGAAACCUGCAGCUUAUUUCUGCCCAGCUACGUCCAGGACACGUACCUGUUACAGCUUCUGAGAAGCGCAGACGACGUCAGCACCUGGGUGGCCGCCGAGAUCGUGACCAGCCACACCUCCAAGCUGCAGGUGAACCUGCUCUCCAAAUUUCUGCUGAUCGCGAAGUCUUGCUACGAGCAGAGGAACUUCGCAACAGCCAUGCAGAUCCUGGGCGGCCUGGAGCACCCGGCCGUGCGACAGUCCCCUGCCUGGAGAAUUCUACCCGCAAAGAUAGCAGAGGUCAUGGAGGAGCUGAAAGCCGUGGAGGUCUUCCUGAAGAGCGACAGCCUGUGUCUGAUGGAAGGACGGCGCUUCAGGGCCCAGCCCACCCUGCCCUCAGCCCACCUCCUGGCCAUGCACAUCCAGCAGCUGGAGACAGGGGGCUUCACCAUGACCAACGGGGCCCACAGGUGGAGCAAGCUCAGAAACAUCGCCAAGGUGGCGAGCCAGGUCCACGCGUUCCAGGAGAACCCCUACACGUUCGCCCCCGACCCCAAGCUGCAGUCCCACCUCAAGCAGAGGAUCGCCCGAUUCAGCGGGGCGGACAUCUCCAUCCUGGCCGAGGACAGCAGGGCUGGCGCCCACCAGGUGGCCAGCGAGAAGCACUCCAAGAAGAUUCAGGACAAGCUGCGGAGAAUGAAAGCCACGUUCCAGUAGCGCAGGACAGCGGGCUGGGUGUGCAGUCCACACCGAGGACAGGCCUGGGGUGGAAGGGGCCGUGCCUGCUGUGUCAGACAGGGACCCCCACGGCCCAGGAGGGGCACCGGGGCGGGAGCACGGGCUCAGACCCAGACCCGAGAGAUGGUGCCAGGAGAGGCUGAGGGGGGUUUCUAAGGGAAUUUUAAAACUUAAACCAAAAUAGGAUAGGUAAGCUCCCAGGAGCCGAGUACCCAUUUAUAUUUCUCAAAGAUAAACAGCUUUCACCCAGUUCUCUGGCCGUUCAGCCCCAGAAACCCCGCACCCCAGCACCCAGCUCAGGCUUUAAACCCAGGCGCCCACUGAGCAGUGUUCCCACGAGUCUGGUGUACGUCUGCCCAACAACGAAGGGCCAGGACUGACCUCUGACCCCCUGCCGGCCACAGAUCCCAGGGGGCCUGAGGCUCCCCGGGGGCCCAAGCCCCACCCUGGGCUUCCUCCCUGCCGGGCCUCCCCCUCCUCCAGCCCCAACCCCUGGCUGCUCACCCAGGCCCAGGUGCGGGUGCCAGAGCCUCGCAGCCCUUCCCGCCAAGAGGCCCGGCCUUGCCUCCGUCCCAGCCCGGCCUCCUGCUGCCGGAGAGCGCCUCAUGCUCCACACUGGCAGCUCCCAAGUGCCCCGUGGCCCCUGUGCCCACCGCCCCACCACCGAGAGCACUUCCUGGUGGGGCAGGUACACCUAGGCCGAGGCUCUGCUUCCAAAGCAUGCAGGACUCAGACAGCCGCUCCAAAGCAGAGACACAGCCUCAGGGGCCCUGAGAGCUUCCCUCUGCCCUACCUGGGGGCCUGGGGGCUGUAGGGCCGUGGCCAGGUCCCCCCCUUCUUCAGCAGCCAUGCAUGUGAUGCAAACACCCAUGCCUAGCUCCCGAGGCUGGCUGUCACCAGCGCUUUCUGACGAGGAAAUGAAGUCUGCUGCCUCGGUGGUACCAAGCUCUUCCCCAGGGCUGUUUCCAAACUGCGCUCGGCCAGGGGCAUGGGACCAGGACAGCACGGCACACCUCCACAGCAGGAGGCCAGAACCCUGGCACCACCCCAGGCACCAGCGUUUUUACGUCGCCAAUCGCUGCAAGACCCAAGACUGUUCUUUUCAGUUUUAGAGUUAGUGACUCUUCAGCGCAGCCACCUCAUGCUAUUUCUAGGAAAACCACUACCUGUGAUCAAACACUGUUGUCAAGAUGUGUUUUCUCACAUAUAUUCAUUUGCAACAUCUACGUCCCGCUUUCGUGAGAGGCACUCCUGGCCCUGCAAACGUGGCUUUUAUAUGAGAAUUUGGUUCUGCAGAUCAGCUCCUACAUUUUCAGGAUUUGAAUUCAACGAAGCGCCACAAAGCCUGAAAUGAAGUGAGCGUCCAGUGCAAAUGAACAUUCCAGCUGUAACGGGUUAUCUGGGGGCGCGGCCAGGCUUCGGCUCCAGCACGACUGUCUGCAUGUCGCCCUCACGCGCGGUUUACGUUUCUAAAUAAAGUCGUUUCUACCAAGACGGCCUUCGCGGGUUCCUGGUGUUUACCUGCUUCGUGGGUCAGCGUGGCUUCUUCGAGCCAGACGAAGACGUCUCCAGGGCUGCUCGUGAAGGCGGGAGGGGACGAGGGACUGAGGAGGCUCAGGCCACCGCGAUGUCCUCCGAUGGUGCGCAGAGGGCCAAACCCCACCACCCGGGGCCCGUGAGCAGGCAGACACCCCGCUGCCCGAGACGUACCUGCCGCUGGAGGAGGAGACAGCCAACCUCCCACAGUCGCUGACCUGCCGAGGCCUCCGGGCACCACGGCCCGCGCCUGUCUGCCACAAGCCCUGCCCAUCCUGGCGUCCGGCCACCCAGACCUCGUCCGCAGCCCACAGGCCAAGCAGCAGGCUCAUCGUCACCGGGGGCAGGCUGGGGCGUUCCCAGGGCUUGGUCACCACCGAAGGGUCCCAGUGGAAGAGCUGAGGGCUGGUGGACACCAACAAAGACGGGGAGAUGGUGGGGUCGUGUUACUGUGGACAGGAGCUGCCGUGGUCACGUGGCUCUGGAGUCUGGGCCGGGGCGGGGUGUCCUCAGCCACCUUAGAACCACUAGACCCUGGUCCCUCUUCCUCCCGAGACACGACUAAAGCACCAGGAAGACCGGCUCUCCCUUCGCUACAUCGGCUCUUAUCACAUCAACACGUUUUUCUGAGAACUGCCAGCCAGCACCCCAGCCAGCAACCCCCAACCCCAUGCAGCCCCUCCUACGCUGAAUGGAGCCCAGCCCUGUGCACCCAGGCUCUGGGGAAGCCCCCGCCACAAACGGGGUCCCACUCCCCCGCGCCCAGCAGGCUGUGAUCAAGCCCGAGGCAGCCCCCGGGCCGGCACCAGCACCCGCCACCCGGAGAAGGCCAGUGGGACCCCGGCAGCCAGGCUAUCGCCUGGGACACGAGCUCGGAGUGGCCCGGUGGUGCUGGGGUAAGUGGCCGAGGGGCUGGCUGGGUGCCGGCCACACCCCUCCCUGCGGCUUGUGUCCUUCCGCCUGCUGUCUGACACCCGCUGCAAGGACGGCGGGACUUCUCCUGGGACGGGACGGCUUGAGCUGCCACUUUCCUGCAGCCGCAUCUCCUCACUGCCUCUCCCGCUCCCCAGGGGGUGGACCUCAGUGACCGUGGGAAACGCUGUUCUGAAGGGAGACUGCGCUGAAGACAAAAGAACUGCAGUGAGGACCGCACCCCGGGUGGGAGCAGCUUCUCAGGCACCAGGCCAGCCUUCCGAGGCUCCUCUGCGCACUCGCUGUGGGGUGGGACGCGAGUAGACAGUUGGAGACGAGGGCACCAGGCCUCCUACCAUCCAAGAAAGGAUCUCACGGAGCCCAAGGUGCGAGGCGGUCAGGGACCCGAGAGACAGGUUGCGCGCAAUCCACUUCCCAGCUGCCACCGCACGAUCUGUCGCAGCUUCGCUGACGUGUCAGGCGAUGGCUCUCUGCGGUGGGGCUCUCCUGAGCCUGCAGGAUGUUUCGUGGCAUCUCUGAUCUCUACCCUCUAGAUGCCAGCAGCACUGCCCCCUGCCCCCAGCUGUGACAACCAACAACUGUCCAGACAUCGCCAAAUGUCCCCUGGGGAGCAAAACUGCCCCCAGAGCCACGGGCCCAGAAGCAGUGACGCCCCAAUAGCAGCAGCUGCAUCCUGUGCCCAAAUCUUGGUUUCCAGAUGCCAUUCAAGUCUCCGAGAAAAGGAAAUGGCUGACUCCAGGGCUUGAGUGGGGAAAGUACCAGAUGAGCCAGGAGCUAGGAAGUGCUAAAGGCGGGGCUUGGGGGUGGGAGGGUAGAUCACAUCAAAAGGACACGGGACAAAAGGGAAAGAGCUGUGAAGACUCCCCACAGCCAGAGCUGGGCUGUCUGAGCCCCCACGUACGACAGUGAUGGGCAGUGACCCAGGAACAGGACAAACGUCCAUGAGUCCACACUGGAGUAAACGGACAACUGAAUGAAUAAAUAAACGGGAGGAACUGGGAGAGAUCCAAAGGUGUGGAGGUGUGGUUUGUUACCCCCUCGAGUGUGGGCGGCAGGGGACCUGGUGACCGGCCCCCACUGCAGGGCAGGACAGGAAGAGGGUGACCUGACGGUGGGGAGAGGCAGGCACCAGAUUAACCGGGUGGGGCUCAGCAUCAUGGCCCCAAGUCUGCCGACGUCACGCAUCCUAACACGAACUAAUAAGAUGACACAUCACCUCUCGGGUCUCGUCCCAGAACCCAGAGCCCCACUCUAACCCUGAGAAGACAGCAGACAAACCCAAACUGAGGGACACACCACAAAACACCUGACCCGUCUCCUCAAACUGUCAAGGACGUGGAAAACAAGGUUUAGAAACAGCCACGGCCCAGGGGAGACUGAAGGGACAGGAUGACUAAAUGCAGCUCAGCACAGGGGUGGGAUCCUGGGACAGAAAAGGGGCAUCAGCAGAAAACCUGGCACAACCCAGUAAGUCUGCGGUUUCGUCAACGCUAACUUCUUAGCUCUGCCAAAGUUCCACGGACAAGUAAGAUGUUAGGGACUCUGUGCUGUCUGUGCCACUCGGACACAGAAUUAUCCCAAACUAAGGAGUUUUAUAAAACUACUGUAGCUAGUAUACAGAGAUACAAUUGACUUUUGCUUAUUUUUGUAUUCAAUGACCUUGCUAAGCUCAUUUAUUAAUUCUAGUAAUGUGCUUGUAGGUUUUGUACUUUCCACAUAUACAAACAGCUCACUUGCAAGUGGCAGCUGCUUGCCUUCUUCCUUUGCUAUCUCUAUACUUCCUACUCCUUUUUCUUGUCUUAUUGCUCUGGCUAGGACUUACAGAAUAAGGUUGAGCAGAAGCCAUAACGUUGGGCAUCCUUGUCUCAUUCCCAAUCUCUCAGGGGGGUAGAGGCUCAAUGCUCUGUAUUAACCACAAUGGUAACUGUAGCCAUUCUUUACCAGAAUAAAGAAGUUUCUUUCUGUGAA